AUGAACGCCACAGACCGACUACCAAUCAUCCUCAUAGUGUCAUGCGCCCUUGUUGGGGGUUAUGGAGGCAUGUUCUUGUCGUUCCACCAUGGGUUCUUUGAUGCUUUGCGAAUAUGUGUCUCGGCAUCCUUGGAAGACAGAGGGAACUGUGUUCUGAACGUGCCGGAUGCUGCAUUCAUACCAUCUUACACGAAAGUCCCAGCCAUAGACUCGCGACUUGCCAUACUGUUUGAGUUCUUCGCCCAAGGCUUGACGAGUCGGGGCGAUGACGAUGGUCUCGAUUAUGAAGCGAUUCUAGCUAUGGGCUACUUGGCCGCUCAGUUUGGCGGUGCGUGGUAUUUGCUUGCUCUUGAGGGGCUACGUAAGAGUAGCUCUGGCACGGUCCUGACGCGGACGGGGAUAUUCGGCAUCGUGUUCCAGGUUGUUACUAUUACCAUUAUUGCCCCGAUAUAUCUGGUGAUACACAUCAUAUCGGCCCAAGCACCCGACCAGAACGCUAUAAUUGUUGAUCUGUUGGACUUGAAGCUUCUCCCUACAACUUUCGUCAUGGCCUACGUCCUACCCACAGCAGGUCUGCUUCUCCCGCUGCUUGGUAUCGUAUCACCUGCUGGAAAGUAUCUUGCAAUAGCAUUGUGGCAACCGUUUCCACUCUAUCAAUCUGCCAUCCACGAGGUGCUCCGCUCUCUACUACGUGGCAAGAGCGACAGAGCCGCAAACAUCAACGCGCAAAACAGUUCCCAGUAUAGAAAGGCCUUGGGGAAAGCUUAUACAUCCAUACUUUGGUUGACCAUGGGCAUUCAUAUUUUGGUCGUUGGGAUAACCGCUAUGUCUCACUGGACGAGAUUGCCCCUGCAACUAUCAGCAACAGAGAUACUAGCCCCGAGUUCUCUUACCCGUCCUCCAACUCUCGCAGUCUUGAGCCCGCCUGUUUCUGCGCUCUCUUCUCAGGCCAUUGUGGCCUCGUUCCUACGGUGGGACGUCUAUUGCUCUUGUGCAGCGUUGAUUGUCUGGUCAGCAUACUUGGUACACCGCGCCCAAAUUGGAGUGAGCAUCCUUGGAGCAAUCAUUCAGAUUGUUCUCUGGACAGUGGUAGGCGGACCCAUCACACCCGCUGUUAUGCUAUUGUGGCAGCGGGACGUGGCAAUAUUGGACAGGGCGCAGCGUUCGGGUGCUUAUAUAAAGAGAAGAUGA